UUGCAAUCUAACUACAGCCACUUCGUGCCUCUAAUUCUGCAUAAUUCUGCAUUGUACGAUAUCCAGAUCGCAGUAAUAUACCUCAUCUUCCACACCGCCCUACUCACCGUCAAAUCGCCCACAAUGUCCUCCAACAAACCCCCCCAAUCCUCCAACCGUCUCCCAGCACCCGCACUAUUCGUCGGACCUCCCUCGCACAACGCCUCAAGUGCCUCCCUUCUCUCCUCAGACAAACCCACAAGAAAUCCUCUCACACGGCAACGCUCCCUCCUCGCCCCCGAUGCUUCGAAACGCGCACCCCCACCGACCCCCGCCCCACCACACGCGAGCAGCACCACAGCCGCGCCUUACGAUGGCGGCGACCCCCUCAGUCUCACCUCCUCCAACCCUAGUGCGCCUUUUACACGGCGUCAGAAACAACAGAGUGCAGCUGCAGAUGCUGACGCGUCGUCCCGCGCUGAAGCGAUAUGGGCCGAGAUGCAGAACACGCUUGAAGAAGUUGAGCUUAGCGCUACGAAAGGGCCCGGCAUGACGGUAUUCGGCAGCGAGCACUCGCGCGCACUCGAGGCACUGCGAAAUGCGCAGAUCGAUCUCGCUCAGGCGUGGGCCCGGUCUGAGGCUGAGGAGUCGAGUCAGGCGGGUGAGUCUGAAGGCGGUUCUGCUGGGGGUCCUGCGGGAUUACUUCCUUCGACGGCGGCGGCUGCUGCUGCGGCUGCUGGGGGAGCGGCUUCGGGCUCGGCGCAUGCGGGUAGUGGUCGUGGACAUGGUGUGGUGGCUGCGGCAGUUGGAGGGAGUGGGUUAGAUGGUGCUUUUGAGGGGCGGAAGUUGGAGGGGGAGACGGAAAAGGACAUCGAGCUUAGUCGGAAGCGGAGGGAGGCUAACGAUCGGUAUUUUGAAAAGGUAAAUAAGGGCGUGUUGGAGGUUGUGAACCGUUUGGAGGAGGUGGCUAAGGCGAUGAAGGGUGUGGAGAGCGAGAGUAAAGAGAUUUGGCGUGACGGGGAGAGUGGUGAUGCUGGUAGUGUUACUACGGCCCCGAGUAUGGCCUGA